AUGGCGAUAUGGCCCUUCGGUCGCAAAAAUAAGCGGCAUACAAUCGACUUGGGCUCACUUGAAACACAGGGGGGUUUCCACCCUUCCGACCCUGCCCUGGAGUCCAAAUUAGGCAGGAAACCUUCUCGCAAGCGAUCCAAACGCCAGAAGAACCGUCACCUGCCCCCUAAUGAAGAGCUCCCAGAGUCCAUCAGCCAUCCUGCCGCUGCUACCACACCAUACUCCAACAACGAACGAACUCAGGACCCGUCCCUGCAAAACCCUCGUCGACUCAAUACCGAUCCUAACAACUAUCGCAAUCCCCACCGUACCUCGUAUCCCAGCACUGGCUCAGACCAGUUGGCAUUUCCCCGAGCUGCGUCUCUCUUCAAGGGCAAGCAAGGUGACACCGGACCGGGUCUGCUGCGAAGAAAAAUGAGCAAAAGAAAGGCCAACGACAUCGCCAGAGAACAUGAGAUUCGGCUGCUAGCGUCGGCCCCCAUCGACAUCCCUCAUCGACAUGGUGAUCAUUCUUCUAUGGACACCGGGAGAGGUCGCAAAUCUUCUAGCCGGCGAACAGACCGGUUUCGUUCCGACACCAGUCUUUCUGCCCGCGACUCUGCCGGCUCCUCCUGCUCGGAUAUAUCCGAGACGUACACUUUCAAGGUCAACGCAUUUGCUGUCUGGACCCCUCGCCCGGCCGUUCACUAUGUGGAACCCCCGCGAACCCCCGCUGAAAGAAGCCGGAAUCCGUCGACAGCAUCUGUUGGAAGAGAGAAGGCUACCGUUUCGGACGAGACUUCUCAUGCGAAUAACAGGGUCGAGAAUUUGGCAGACGACCUGGACGCUGGGGCCUUACGGGAGCUGCUAGAGAGAGACCGCCGUCGCAAGGAGAGAAAGCGCGUCGAGCGACAAAAGGAGCGGGACCGCAGACUGAAGCGGAGAGCCGAACGGGACCAAGAAGCAUGUCUGCCAGCCGAACAGGGUGCCCGGGACGAGCAUGGCAACAUAAUCGGAGUUCCAUGUGGACGUGCUUCCCAGUCUGAUUCCGCAGAAAACGACGGUUACCGGAACAAUGCACCCAAGGCCCCGGAGACCCGAUCUGGCACAUGGCCGCAAGAUUCCUCCAGUGGCAGCGAAGAAAGGACUCUUGAAUGCCCGGAGAGUAUGCACGCUGUGGGCAACACGGACAGUUACAGUUCCGUCCAGGUACCAAAACUGGCUACACGUCCCAGUCUUGCUCUGUCGCAGGACACAGGGAUGUCAUUCACUACCACUUCACCAUCUCAAUCGAUACGACAGAAAUUCGGCAGUGCGAACGGAUCACAAUUCAGCUUCGCUCCUGGAUCUAUGUCGGACAUUUCCAGAACAGUGGAGUCUGAACGACGCCUGUCUGAUCAAAGUAGCCGGCGCAUGAAUUCACUGUCCUCGUUUAUCCGACGCGGUAGCUCACGUCUCAAACGGAGCUAUCGUGCGCAGGCCCGUGACCAACAGUCAGACUUCUCCAACACCUCUUCGCAUGAAUCCUUCUUCAAGGUCUACACACAGUCAUCGCCUGAGCCUCUUCCCCAAGCUCCUCAGAAGCUCUUCCUUGGCACUGGCACCAUAAAACGGUCACAGUCCAAGUUCAAAGAACAUUUUGGUGAUGAACCUCUCUCCCCUCCGGAUUCUCGCCUUCAGUCGCCCGAGAUCCCCGAGACCAUCCCCGAUGUAUCAGCACCGGCGGAUGAAGAGCACUCGACUAUGGACGUCGAUCCGAUGUCCCUUGACACCCCUAUUUCGGAAGCGGAACCUUGUGACUUAGAAACCCACCAACAUCGUUCUUGGGAUGAUGAAAGUCUCGAAACCUGGGACGAUAACAACAUCCCUUUGUCUCAAUCUUUAGCCUCUGUCGACUCCGAGGGAUCUUGGAUGUCUGGUCAAUUCCUCCGGCGUAUUUCUCAGCGACGGCUCAAUUCCGUUCGACAGAGUAUCGGAUCCGCGGGUCACGACACCCUUGAAGAGGAGGAAGACGGCCAGGAUGCCACGUCCAAGGGAGCGCGGCACGCACCCAACUCCGAUGAACGACGUGUCUCCUUUGCGGAAUCAGGAAGAGCCAGCAGCCACGCCCUUGGUGACGGUUCCGUCAACUACGACGAAGAUAGCGAAGGUAGAUCUUUAGCCGGUGACGGGGAGACUUGGCAUGAUGAGAUUGGAAGGCGUCCGGUCGUAGUCAGCCCGACGACCCGCCCGAAGUCCACGCAGGUCCUACUAUUGAAGAGCGUGCGUGAGCUGACACCAAUAUUCCCAGAAGAGGAGAUCGAGGUCGACGCUAUGGAAGAGCCUUCAUCUGAGGUUGACCCAGCCGGCGGAAUAAAUGGCGAGCAGGGACAGUCGGAUAACCCUGAGAGUUGUCAAUCGAAGUAG